AAAGCAUAUGUGAAAAUGUGCACUUAAUGUCUCUUCCUAAAUAAACUUACUUAAGCUUUGGAAUACAGCUGAAAGGCUGAUAAAUUAAAAAUGGCAAAUUAAAUUUAUAUUCUUUGUGGCAAUAAAAACAUGUUGGAUGUUUCAUUGCUCUGAGGUUCUUAAAUUUCUAUUCCUUUCUAUGUUCCUGACAUAUCUCUCAUGAACCAGGGAAGAGAACAUGCUAUCUGAGUAGACUGAUGGGUCACAUUUCCUAUUAGAUGUUUUAUAUUUAACAGCUGACACUAAUCCCACCAAAUACUUAGUUUGCAGCAUUCAAAACCUCUGUCUUUUGCAGUGUGGUUCUACAGGGAGGAUUUUUAGACAUGAUUCUGCUUGAAUUCACAUGGCUACCUUUCGCUUAUUAAUUUCUAUUCAAAUGGUGAUACAGACCAGUCUACAUGUACCAGCCUUGAGCAGAAUUUGACAGAAGAUGUUACAACGGUUUUACCUCCGGAAAUGCUUAGCUUCGGGGAUCAUCCUGGGAGCGCUGUCUGCAGUCUGCUUCGGCCAGUACGAUGAUGACUGGCAAUAUGAGGAUUGCAAACUAGCUAGGGGAGGACCGCCAGCCACCAUAGUUGCCAUUGAUGAAGAAAGCCGGAACGGUACGAUUCUGGUGGAUAACAUGCUGAUCAAAGGGACUGCGGGAGGACCAGACCCCACAAUCGAACUUUCCUUAAAGGACAACGUGGAUUACUGGGUGUUGCUGGACCCCGUCAAGCAAAUGCUCUUCCUGAACAGCACGGGCAGAGUUCUGGAUAGAGACCCCCCGAUGAACAUACACUCAAUCGUGGUGCAGGUGCAGUGUGUCAACAAGAAGGUGGGCACCGUCAUCUACCAUGAGGUUCGCAUCGUGGUGAGGGACCGCAACGACAACUCUCCCACGUUCAAGCACGACAGCUACUACGCCACGGUGAAUGAGCUCACUCCGGUUGGCACCACAAUAUUUACAGGGUUUUCAGGAGACAACGGAGCUACAGACAUAGAUGAUGGACCAAACGGGCAGAUAGAAUACGUCAUCCAGUACAAUCCGGAGGACCCGACAUCCAAUGACACCUUUGAAAUCCCCCUCAUGUUGACCGGGAAUGUGGUGUUAAGGAAGAGGCUCAACUAUGAAGACAAGACUCGGUACUUUGUCAUCAUCCAAGCUAAUGACCGGGCACAAAAUCUGAAUGAGCGGCGAACCACCACCACCACCCUCACGGUGGAUAUUCUGGACGGAGAUGACUUGGGUCCGAUGUUUCUUCCUUGUGUCCUUGUGCUGAACACUCGUGACUGUCGCCCGCUCACCUACCAAGCCGCCAUACCUGAGCUCAGAACUCCGGAAGAACUGAACCCCAUUGUGGUUACCCCGCCCAUCCAAGCUGUUGACCAGGACCGGAACAUUCAGCCACCAGCAGAUAGACCAGGCAUCCUCUACUCCAUCCUUGUUGGGACUCCGGAGGAUUACCCACGAUUUUUCCAUAUGCAUCCUAGGACGGCAGAACUUAGCCUCCUGGAGCCCGUAAACAGAGAUUUUCACCAGAAAUUUGAUUUGGUUAUUAAGGCUGAACAAGACAAUGGUCACCCUCUGCCAGCCUUUGCCAGUCUACAUAUUGAAAUACUGGAUGAAAACAACCAGAGUCCCUACUUCACGAUGCCCAGUUAUCAAGGCUACAUUCUGGAAUCUGCCCCAGUGGGAGCCACUAUCUCUGACAGUCUGAAUUUGACCACCCCUCUUAGAAUUGUGGCUCUGGACAAGGACAUAGAGGAUACGAAAGACCCAGAGCUUCACCUUUUUCUCAACGAUUACACCUCAGUCUUCACCGUCACACAGACCGGUAUCACUCGCUACCUCACCCUACUUCAACCAGUGGACCGGGAAGAGCAGCAAACUUACACUUUUUCGAUAACAGCAUUUGAUGGUGUGCAAGAAAGCGAGCCAGUUAUUGUCAAUAUCCAGGUGAUGGAUGCAAAUGAUAACACUCCAACCUUCCCUGAAAUAUCCUAUGAUGUCUAUGUUUAUACAGACAUGAGCCCCGGGGACAGCGUCAUACAGCUCACCGCGGUGGAUGCAGAUGAAGGGUCCAACGGGGAGAUUACCUACGAAAUCCUAGUUGGGGCUCAGGGAGACUUCACCAUCAACCGAACCACGGGGCUCAUCACCAUCGCUCAGGGGGUGGCGCUGACAGUGGGGCGCACCUAUGCGCUCACAGUCCAGGCUGCAGACAACGCGCCUCCUGCAGAGAGAAGGCACUCCAUCUGCACCGUGUACAUUGAAGUGCUUCCUCCAAAUAAUCAGAGCCCUCCCCGCUUCCCACAGUUGAUGUACAGUCUUGAAAUCAGUGAAGCCAUGAGGAUUGGUGCUGUUUUAUUAAAUCUCCAGGCAACUGAUCGAGAGGGAGACCCAAUAACAUAUGCCAUUGAGAAUGGAGAUCCCCAGCGAGUUUUUAAUCUUUCAGAAACUACUGGGAUUCUAACCUUAGGGAAAGCCCUGGACAGGGAGAGCACGGAUCGCUACAUUCUGAUCGUCACUGCUUCUGAUGGCAGGCCGGAUGGGACCUCAACUGCCACGGUAAAUGUGUUAGUGACAGAUGUCAAUGACAACGCCCCAGUGUUCGAUCCCUAUCUGCCUCGAAAUCUGUCCGUGGUCGAAGAAGAAGCCAAUGCGUUUGUGGGUCAAGUAAGGGCAACAGACCCUGAUGCGGGAAUAAAUGGCCAGGUGCACUACAGUCUGGGCAACUUCAAUAAUCUCUUUCGCAUCACAUCUAACGGGAGUAUUUACACAGCAGUGAAGCUUAACCGAGAGGUCAGGGACUACUACGAACUUGUCGUUGUGGCAACCGAUGGGGCGGUUCACCCGCGUCACUCAACUCUGAUGCUGGCCAUCAAAGUGUUGGAUAUUGAUGAUAACAGUCCCGUGUUCACUAACUCAACAUAUACUGUCAUCGUAGAAGAGAACCUGCCAGCCGGGACCACCUUCCUUCAGAUAGAGGCCAAAGAUGUUGACCUCGGAGCAAAUGUGUCUUAUCGGAUCAGAAGCCCAGAAGUCAAGCACUUUUUUGCACUACAUCCGUUUACAGGAGAACUGUCCCUCUUAAGGAGUUUGGACUAUGAAUCAUUUCCAGACCAGGAAGCAAGCAUCACUUUUCUCGUGGAGGCCUUCGAUAUUUAUGGAACGAUGCCACCGGGCAUUGCUACUGUCACAGUGAUAGUGAAGGAUAUGAAUGAUUAUCCUCCAGUAUUUAGUAAACGAAUCUACAAAGGGAUGGUGGCUCCGGAUGCUGUCAAGGGCACACCUAUCACCACGGUUUAUGCUGAAGAUGCAGACCCUCCUGGAUUACCUGCAAGUCGUGUGAGGUACAGAGUAGAUGAUGUCCAGUUUCCUUAUCCUGCUAGUAUUUUUGACGUAGAAGAAGAUUCUGGAAGAGUAAUAACUCGAGUCAAUCUUAAUGAAGAACCUACGACAAUUUUUAAGUUGGUGGUCGUCGCUUUUGAUGAUGGUGAGCCUGUGAUGUCCAGCAGUGCCACGGUGAAGAUUCUGGUCUUACAUCCUGGAGAAAUCCCACGCUUCACACAAGAGGAAUAUAGACCCCCUCCGGUGAGCGAACUUGCUGCCAGAGGCACAACAGUUGGUGUCAUUUCUGCAGCGGCCAUCAAUCAGAGUAUCGUGUACUCCAUUGUCUCAGGAAACGAAGACGGUCUGUUUGGAAUCCACAACAUCACGGGUGUUAUCUAUGUCAAUGCCCCUCUGGAUUAUGAGACAAGAACGAGCUAUGUGCUUCGCGUCCAGGCUGAUUCCCUGGAAGUGGUCCUCGCCAAUCUCCGAGUUCCUUCGAAAAGCAAUACGGCUAAAGUGUAUAUUGAAAUUCAGGAUGAAAAUGAUCAUCCCCCAGUGUUUCAGAAAAAAUUCUACAUUGGAGGUGUGUCUGAAGAUGCAAGAAUGUUUACUUCUGUGCUCAGAGUUAAGGCUACUGACAAAGAUACUGGCAAUUAUAGUGCCAUGGCAUACCGACUCAUCAUUCCACCAAUUAAAGAGGGAAAAGAAGGAUUUGUGGUAGAAACAUACACCGGGCUCAUCAAAACCGCUAUGCUUUUCCACAACAUGAGAAGGUCCUACUUCAAAUUCCAAGUCAUCGCAACUGACAACUAUGGGCAGGGGCUAAGUGGCAAGGCAGAUGUGCUGGUCUCUGUGGUCAACCAGCUGGACAUGCAGGUGAUCGUUUCGAACGUGCCCCCGACUCUGGUGGAGAAAAAGAUAGAAGACCUUACAGAGAUUUUGGAUCGGUAUGUUCAGGAGCAAAUUCCUGGUGCCAAAGUGGUGGUGGAGUCCAUCGGUGCUCGCAGGCAUGGGGAUGCCUUUUCGCUAGAAGAUUACACCAAAUGUGACCUGACUGUCUAUGCAAUCGACCCCCAAACCAACAGAGCCAUCGACAGAAAUGAGCUUUUUAAAUUUUUGGAUGGCAAACUGCUUGAUAUCAAUAAAGACUUUCAGCCGUAUUACGGCGAAGGAGGACGUAUUCUGGAGAUCCGGACCCCGGAGGCAGUGACCAGCAUUAAAAAGCGAGGAGAGAGCCUAGGCUAUACAGAGGGGGCCCUGCUUGCACUCGCCUUCAUCAUCAUCCUCUGCUGUAUCCCUGCCAUCUUGGUAGUUCUGGUCAGAUCCCUGCCUUCUCAAAGACGCCAAGCCGAGUGCACCAAGACAGCGCGAAUCCAGUCGGCAUUACCCGCAGCCAAGCCUGCUGCACCUGCGCCCGCACCUGUGGCCGCGCCCCCGCCGCCCCCGCCGCCCCCCGGGGCGCACCUGUAUGAGGAGCUGGGAGACAGCACCAUUCUUUUCCUUCUCUACCAUUUCCAACAAAGCAGGGGAAAUAAAUCAGUCUCAGAAGACAGGAAAAAUCAACACAGUGGGAUGCCCUUUUCUUCCAGCACUGUUCGGGCUCACAGAGAGGCUCGUGUAGACGGACCACUUAACGACCAGCCCGCGUCGGCAAGAACAUUCCCACUGGUAUCUGAUGAGGACGCCUUGAGUACCCACGGUGCUCUUUAUAAGGAAACCGUACAUCCAAGACCAACAAAUUCAGACUUUUUGCUAAGAACAGAUUGCAUAGACUCACUUUUACCCAGAACAAAAGGCAGGAGUAAGUCCCUGAGGGGCCCGAGGGAAAUGUUUCAGAGGAUGUGGAAUCGGCCAGUCUGCUUCCCUCAGAGACCAGUGUGGGAACUUCCCAAAAGACCAGAGACCACAGAUCUGCAGCACUGGCCGAGCAACGGGCGGGAAGGUAGAAAGGAAAGCCCUGGAACCUGUCCAAACCAAAGAGGUAGCGGGAGGCCCCUGCCGAGAGCCGGGGAUACGCAGGCGGCAGAGAGAGAGGAAAUGAGGCCAGGUGAUUCACUGCCUGUGUUCGGAACAGAACACGUGGCAUCUCCAUCUUCAGACUCUUCCUGUGUCUCUCCUUCACCUCGCUCCUCCUCCUCCGCUUUGCCAACCGUGUCAAGAACUGUGGAGCUCCAGUCAGAGCCUCAUGCCGCCAUUUCUCCGGCUGACUGUUCCUUGGAACUUUCUCCUUCGACGCCUGGCAUUUUGCAUUCUCCAGUCUUUAGGAGAGAGGCACCCGUGUGUAUGCUGACUGUCGGAGCCGAAAGGAACAUUUUCGAAAUUCUUCCUGAACCACCCCGUAUCUCUCCUCCUCCAACUCCUGUUGCUUUUUCCUAUCUUCCUCCUUCCCAUCCUCCUCCUCCACUUCUUCGGCUGCCCGGCCCCCCUUCCCCUCCCUCUGCUUCUCCUUCACUCCCUGUCCCCUCCCCUCCUUCCCUCCCUCCGCCAUGCCCCCCUCUUCCUUCUCCACUGUCUCCUCCCCCUUCGGUUCCGUCCACCAGGUGUGUCCGUAUACCAGCUGUUAAAGGUACUGUCGGUGUAACACCAGCGGAGGAAAGGACGUCCUCUGGGACACAGCUGCCAGCAUCCACCACGGAGUGCAAGGCGGAUCCCCGAAGGGAACCGAAAGGCAUCCUCAAGCAUAUUAAAAAUGUAGCAGACCUUGAAAAGUCAGUAGCUAACAUGUACAGUCAAAUAGAAAAAAACUUCCCACCAGUGCACAACUCAGGCCUUGAAACUAGUUGCCCUCCAGAGACAGAAAAUGUGGAAAUGACCUCUGGACAAAACCAGGGGAAUUUGCACAGGAUUGGCGAGGGAACUGAAAACCGACCUCACAGCGAAUCUACUUCCCUGUAAUAUUGCUCUUCGUGUUUUAACUGGACAACUCUUUUGUUGACCGUAAUCUUCGAGUGGAGGCAAAUGGGAACGUUAGAGAAGAUUCCAUUCUUUUACCCAAAACUCCGUGCAGUGCUGUUUUUUCCCUCAUUUUUUACUUUUAAAGAUUAUUAACCUCAUCGUUUCUAACUCAUAUUAUAGAUUUACCUUAAUUUUCUUAACUACGAAGUAGCAUUAUUUGUCUACGUUUGUUUUAAAAAGUAAGUAAUUUCAGUCUAUUUUUCAGUGGGAAUAUGUGGGCAAGAAAGUUAGAUAUCCAACUUAAACCAAUGGUUUGUUAACAUGUUAAUGCAGUAACGUCUACAUUUGCUUCCUGAUCAGAGUUUUAUUUGAGUGCUCCAGAAAAAAAAAAAAAAAAAAAAAAAGCAAACUGUUAAAAUAAGCUAAAAAAAUGAUAUCAUAGGUUCUGUUUCUUCCUUGAAGCCUAUGUAUUUGGUAAGAUUAAAUACUACCAAAGUAAAAAUGUUAUGUAUCUAGAAAUGUAGGAGUUGACAGACAUUAUGGUGUUCCAAAAUAAAUCCCAGGUGCUAU